AUGGGCGACAAAACCAAAAAGGUCAAAGGACCUAGUGACGGACCCACCAUCACUCCAACACCCACCGACAUUGUCCUCAAAGAGAAAAAGCCCAAGGCUAAAAAAGUCAAGGGUACCAGCUCUGACAACCGGGAAACAAACACUCCCGAACCCACUGAGGAACCAGACACAACCCCCAAAAAAUCCAAGAAGGAGAAGAAGAAGGAUCGCAAGCGCAAGCGCCAUCUCGAUGAUGAUGAGCCGACUGAGAUUGGAAUAGUGACCGCGGCUGACGUGCUGAAGGGAGAGGAGGAUGGCGAGCCUUCCAAGAAGAAAAAGAAGAAGGCCAUUGUUGAUGGUGAGGGGAAGUCGCCAAGGCGUGACAGCAAGGGGAAUGUGGAGGGUGAGGUCGGGAAGUAUAGGAUUGUGUUGAAGUUGGAGCGGAUCGACGGGGAUGAUGCUGUGGCAGCAGGGGAGUCUGGCGCCGGGAAGAAGAGCAAGAAAGUGAAGGAAGCAGGCAGCUUGGGUGAUGAGGAAGUUGAUGAGGAAGGUAAAAAGCGGAAGGCGGAGAAAAAGGCUAAGAAGGACAAGAAAGGCAAGAAGAAGGAGAAGAAGGAGAAAAAGAACAAGCGACAGGACGACCAAGGCCAGGAGGAGGACGUGGUGAUGGCGGAUAGCAAGGCCGACAAGUCGGAGCCCGAGAACGACAAGAAGGACAAGAAGAAGGACAAGAAGCUGAAGAAAGAUAAGGUCAAAAAGAAGGCCAAGCCAGUCGACACCCCUGAGGAAUCAUCGGCCUCCGAGGACGAGAAAGACGCAGCCCCGGCCGCCCCUCACAUUGCCGCUACCGCACCCGAACUGGACCUUGCCGAACGAUGGAACGUCCACGGCCUCGGCGGCGGUGCCUCUCGCCAGAGCAAAUUCAUGCGUCUCCUGGGCGGGAAGAAAGCGAGCACGGGGUCCACGGAGACCAGCGGCGGCCAGGCCGGUGCCCGGAAGCGGUUCGACAUUGGGCAUGUGUCGCAGGAUCUGGAGAAGCAGUUUGACGCGGGUAUUCAUAUGAAGUUUGGGGGUGGUGGGCAGCGCAAGGGGUUGGGUGCUUGA